CCGGCUAACCUUGUUGGUUUCACCCAUUGCAUUACUCGCGCUUUGCGGAAGUUGAUCAGUCACUUGAGAUCCAAGAGCCUUCGCAUUCAAGGUUUUCAAGGUUGGCACUUUCGACCAAAUUAAAGAGGACAGUUCGCUGAAUGAGAUCUCAGCGUAGACGACAAACCCUGAGGCUGGCCAGAUAUUAGCAGCUCCAAGACAAACUCACCGAUGAUGUCAUCGGGCAUGGCGAUUUUGAGUUACAACUCUUGACCUCGGUCGGUCGGUCGGUCGGUCUAUCAAAAGCUCGACGAGCGUUCGAGCAAAAGCUUGCUUGCCUGAAAGUGACACACAGAAAUCGAGGCUGUGAAAUGCGAAGUGCGAACUUUACUUCAGCUGAAGAAUCAUUCACUCUGUGUGUGAGCCGUACGAGGUCAAUCGAUUGGAUUUGGAAUCCAGAUCCAAUUCGUCGUCCAUUCAGCAGGUAGCUUCACAGCACGCUGACUGGUACCAGAGUAGGCGCAGGAGGCCUCGCUUGGCAGCAUCUCAGUGCUCACUUCACCUUCCACGACCUCUGAUUCGAUGGGAGCAAAACCGCCGAACCUCGAUGCCAUUGGCGGAUGCGAUGCGUGGCCCCGGGGGGCGGUUCCUGUGGGCCUGCCUGCCUCACUGCCUGCCUGCCUGCCUGAAUCGAUGUGCCAAACGCCCAAUUCAUGCGAAGCGUAAAAUAUGAUUUCCUCUGCCGCAACUGCCUACGCCGUGGCUCACUCUGAACCUCCUGUCGACGACCUUUUCCUACGGCUUCAAUAUUCUGUGAGCUUCGAUCUCUUGAGGCAUCUUUUCCUCGGAGUCAGAGUCAGAGCUCACGCCCGGCAAUCGAUCGACUGCGGCGUCGCAUCAAUCCGAGCUCCGAGCUCCGAGCUCUCGAUCGGAUUUGUGUGAGUAGCCACGAGAGAAUGUGGUGUUUGGUUUCCUACGGAAAUCAAACACCGACACCGACAGGCACAGAUCGCGCAUGUCUAUUCUUCCAUCGAAGUGGGCAGAACGCAUCUUAGCUUGUGCAGCUGCCUGUGCAUCCAUCAUGGGGAAGAUCGAGCGAGCGAGGCCUGCCGCUGCUGGUGGUACCCGGGCGAGCGAGUGAUGCGGAGGUGAGCAUGACCAUGGAUCAGAAGAGGUAGCAGAUGGUAGCAGUUGUUGACUCCAACGACAGUGCGGUUCAUGCAGUUGUGCCCGGGGUUUAGGCAGGCAGGGCAGAGGCCAUGCUCGCUCGGGAAAGAAAUCUGCUACAAAAUGCUGGACACUUCGAUCCUGUCGAUUGCAGGCACAGCGUCCUCGAAGAAGAUGCUGUCGUAGGCGCUCAGUGGCUGUCGUAGCACAGAGAGGCUCGACGAGUUUCGCCGUUUGUCAGAAAUCCUGAAGCAGAUAAUGUCGUAGCUUUUUACAGUCACCGUCGAGGGAGGAAGGGCUGGAAUUUUUAAGUCUUUCAUCGGCGAUCCCAAUCAGGUCUCGACUGCGAAGCACAUGGCGGUCUAAUCCCUCACAAGACGACGGUGCGAUCGUAUUCGAGCGUUUCAAAUAGUGCGGUCAGUGUUCAUCAUCGAUUUGAUUUCUGAAGGUGGCCUUCUGCGGAGGAGAGAGAGAGAGUAUAGAGCGGAUUCGGUGAGCGCUGAGUCUUCACGAUGGUGGUCGCCACCAUAGCCCCUCCUGAGCUGGGGAGGAAUCGGCGCUGGAUCGUCUCUGCCAUCGUCAUCGUCGUCAUGGUGAGCGUCGCUCUGAACGGCGAGGGAGCUCUCGCUCAGCAGCCACUUUACAAAGAUGCUUCGCAGCCCGUGGAACUGCGAGUGCAGGACCUGCUCUCGCGAAUGACAGUGCAGGAAAAGAUUGGACAGAUGACUCAAAUUGAAAGGACGGUCGCCACCCCUGAAGUCAUGACACAAUACUUCAUUGGGAGUGUGCUGAGUGGAGGAGGGAGCGCUCCUGAACCCAAUGCACCUGCAGCCUGGCAGGAUAUGAUCGAUACAAUGCAACAAGCAGCCCUGGCUACUCGUCUGGCCAUUCCGAUGAUUUACGGUAUAGAUGCCGUCCACGGACAUAACAAUCUUUAUGGAGCCACCGUCUUUCCUCACAACAUUGGCCUCGGAUGCUCGAGGGAUCCGGACCUGGUCAAGCGAAUCGGAGCGGCCACAGCAUUGGAAGUCCGAGCGACGGGAAUUCCUUACGCGUUUGCUCCUUGCAUUGCGACUUGUCGAGACCCGCGAUGGGGUCGUUGCUACGAGAGUUACAGCGAAGACACAGCUGUGGUCAAGACGAUGACCGACAUCAUCCUCGGACUGCAAGGCGACCCUCCCAAUCUUACAGCAGGUGUUCCCUUCAUGGCAGACAAAAGCAAGGUGAUAGGAUGUGCGAAGCAUUACGUUGGCGAUGGAGGCACAUUCAAGGGCAUCAAUGAGAAUGACACCAUAGUGGACUACGAUACUCUGUACAAGGUUCACAUGGCACCGUACUUGGACGCCAUAGCUAAAGGGGUGUCCACGAUCAUGGUGUCCUACUCAAGCUGGAACGGAGAAAGAAUGCACGCCAAUCAGUACCUGGUGACGCAAGUUCUAAAAGAGCAGCUCGCAUUUCGGGGAUUCAUCAUUAGCGACUGGAUGGGAGUGGACAGGCUCUCGGACCCCAACAAUCCCAACUACACCAACUCUGUCCUCAAGUCAAUCAACGCUGGACUGGACAUGAUUAUGGUGCCUUUCGACUACGAAGCCUACAUUAGUGGCAUGCUUUCUCUCGUCAACGACGGUGAAAUCUCCAUGGAGAGGAUCGAUGACGCCGUCACACGAAUUCUGCGCGUUAAAUUUGUCAUGGGCCUCUUUGAAGACCCCUCAGUCGAUCGGUCGCUCACGAACCAUCUCGGCUCUCAGGAGCACAGGAUACUGGCCAGAGAAGCUGUUCGGAAAUCACUGGUGCUUCUGAAGAACGGACAGCAAGGCUCGCAGGCACUCCUACCUCUCAAGAAAAAUGCGACCAGCAUUCUCGUAGCGGGAAGUCACGCGGAUGAUAUUGGGCUCCAGUGCGGAGGAUGGACUAUCUCGUGGGUGGGGGCUGCUGGCAAUACCACUAUUGGGACGACGGUGCUGGACGCGAUCAAAGCAGCAGUGUCACCGACGACCGUCGUCACGUACGAGAAGAACCCUGCGCCGGGUUUCGCAGCGCAGCUGAAGCCGGACUACGCCAUUGUGGUUGUCGGGGAGGAGCCAUAUGUCGAGACGUAUGGAGACAAUAUGGAGCUCACGAUUCCAUUGGACGGGAUUCCGACGAUUCAGAAUGUGUGUGCCGAGGUGAAGUGCUUGGUUAUUGUCAUAUCUGGGAGACCUCUCGUAAUCGAGCCCUACAUGCCUCAAAUUGAUGCCCUGGUGGCGGCAUGGCUUCCGGGAAGCGAGGGCCAGGGCAUCAGUGAUGUGAUCUUCGGAGAUUAUGAUUUCGUCGGCAAACUUUCACGGACGUGGUUCCGAACGGUGGAUCAGCUGCCCAUGAAUUUCGGAGAUGCUGUCUACGACCCGCUCUUCCCAUUCGACUUCGGCUUGACGAUGGGCACCAAGGAAUCCUUGUAGCAACGCCAUAGAUCUUUCGUGAAAGCCAUCUCCUCACAAAUCAAUCAUUGCCUCAGUAGUCACACUUUUUUCCAUGGACCUCAGCCGACUUCAAAGAGAGCCGAAAAUUUCCCAAUCGUUGACGCAGACUCGCACUCACCUUCUGGAAUGGUGGAACUUCAUGUGUUAUCAGUCUAGCCUCCAUCAGCUGGCAAACUCGGUUGGGAAAUUGGAAACUACAAAUUUGUCAAUACUUCUUUUUCUAUGAUUGGGGUGUGAGAAUGGCAGCACUUUUCUCGAAACACAACAGAUGUUUACAUGAUUCUGGCAUUUGAUUCGCUCGAUUUGUGGUAAGACCAUUCCUGUUCGAAGGGAUGGUGAAUUCUUCGGAGAGAAUUGCAUCAACAAGUAGCAAGUUUUAGGACCUGGAGUGGCAUAUCAUCAUUACUUAUAUUAUAAUAAUUGCAGAGAAGAAUUAUAUGCCACUCCAGGAGAAUAGUGGCAGAGUGUUACUUCUCUGUGAAGCUUACUGAAAUUUGUUCCUAUGCGUCCGGAGCACAUGGAGACUGCAGAUCAAAGGUGUCACCUAUUCGAAGGUUAGUUCGUCAGUUAGAAUAUUCCAAAUCAGCUUUCGACAGCGGAGGUGUUGCUGGUAGUGGAAAUAGCCCCGGACUCUAGAAAAUGAUCUGUGUUUGCUCACUGAACAGAUAGUGUCACUUGUCAUUGAUCAGAAAUCAUGCAUCAUUGCAAUUAUCCGAGAACACUUUCUCAAUUUACACC